AGCGCUUGUGACUGUGCCGGUGGAGCUAGCCAGCUUUAACCUUAACACACAUCCACCAUACACACCGUGAGCCGGAUUUGAGACUGCAAAAGGAAAAGCUUGGUGAAAGAGAGUAAGUGUAAGGGAGAGCGAGAGUGGCGAGGACAAGGGAGUCGAAGAGAGAACUGCCAGAUAUUGUCCAAAGAGGCAGCAUUUCUCCAUCUAGUUCCGGUUUCUCUCUCUCCCUGUCUAUGCUUCCAGCGAUCUAGGACUUAAACAAAAGGCAGCCACCGAAAGGCAUAAAGGACAAUUAUUUCAAAGGGAUUCGUUUUAAUGCAUGCUAAUCAUGAGCUCAUAUUUUGUCAACCCUUUAUUCUCCAAAUACAAAGGUGGCGAUACACUGGAGCCAACUUACUACGACUGCAGGUUCCCUCAAAGCGUCGCCCGUAGCCACACGCUUGUCUACGGACCAGGAGCAACUGCGCCGGGUUUUCAACACCCGUCUCAUCAUGUCCAGGAUUUUUUCCAUCACGGGGCAACGGGCAUCUCAAACCCAGGAUACCAACAGAACCCCUGCGCUCUGGCGUGCCAUGGAGAUGCAACGAAAUUUUAUGGAUAUGAGGCCAUUCCGAGGCAGUCGCUUUAUGGUACCCAACAAGAGGCGAGUUUAACGCAAUACCCUGACUGUAAAUCCAGCAGCUCUAACCCCGGAGAAGGACAAGGCCACUUAAAUCAAAACUCGUCUCCCAGUCUCAUGUUCCCUUGGAUGAGACCCCACGCCCCUGGAAGACGCAAUGGAAGACAGACGUACAGCCGCUACCAGACUCUGGAACUGGAGAAAGAGUUUCUUUUCAAUCCUUACCUCACACGCAAGCGGAGAAUUGAAGUGUCCCAUGCCCUGAGUCUCACCGAGCGACAAGUCAAAAUAUGGUUCCAGAACCGGAGAAUGAAAUGGAAAAAAGAGAACAACAAAGACAAGUUUCCGGGUCAGAGGGGAGAGACCGAGGCUGAGGAGGAGGGCAACGAGGACGGUGAAGUGGACGAAGGGGACGACAAGGAAACGGAAGAGAAAGAGGAGACGAAGGAGUGAUUUUAUGAUCUUUUAUGGUUAUAUGGCUGAGGGUCUCACGAAAAGGUGAUGAAGGGGAAAGAGGGGGGAGGGUGCUUGUUUAUUACUAUGAUUUCAGUCAGAAAACAGAGAAUCACAAUCUAUCCCACACAACCAAGGAAAGGUACUUGUAUCUAUGGAUCCAGACUGUUCAGUACACGCGAACAUGACCCAAGCCCUAGGUUCCUUGAUUAUUUAACCCUGUUUUGGAAGUCUAGUGCGUUAUCAAAACAUGUAAGGAUUAAAUCGCAUGACAAACAGGGGCUGUAGUUUCAAUAUUCUUUCAUAUUUCAAACUUGAAGUGUUAUCAUUGGAAACGUUGUAUGUUUUGUCCAAACUAAUAACUGAUUGCCCUUCAGCUGAAGGUUUUGUAAAUGUACUCACAGCUGGUGUCAAGAAUCAGUUCAGACGUGAUAAAGUAAUAAUAAAAAAGGACCGGAUAGCCUACGCCACUGGCAAUUGUAAAUCAGCCCAGCAGACAUAUAGUUUUAUAGAUUACAUUAUUAUUGUGAUUAUUAUUAUUAUUAUUAUUAUUAUUAUUAUUAUUAUUAUUAUUAUUACAAAACCGUAAUUAUUUGAUUUGACCUUAUUGUAAGUAACCCUUUCAAACUCCUGAAAAUGCUACCUAAGCCUGGGGAGCUUGCAAUAUAGAUUUCUCAACGGACACUUACGUUUUUAAUACAAAUGUGUUUUUUUUAUUUUGGAGGCCGAUUAUUUUCUCAAUAAUUACCCCUUUGAAUGUCUUCAGAAGACAUUAGCUCAAAGCCAAGCUGAGAUAUUACCAAGAGUAUACCAAGCACUACCUACUCAAAGAGGCCUUUGCCUUAUGAGAAUUUGUAUUCCAAUCAUUGGCUCUUCUGUAUUUCCGUAUGACACUUACAAAUUUCCCCAACAACUUAAACUGCCUAUAGAAAACGCACAUUUAUAUGUAGAUCAUCAUACAUGCACCAAUUAUUGUUCUAUAUUAUUAAGGAGUGGUAUUUUAACGUGCUGGUGAUAAUAGCUUAGAUUUUCGAUUGCACUGAAUAUAAUCUUUGUGUAUGUCUUGUAAUAUCUUACUGUUAACGAUAUGCUCGUUUUACUGGUGUUUCUCAUGUGAAAAGACAGAAAUGUGUGUGUCCACGCCAUUGUUACUGGCAUAAAAGGAAAAUAAACAAAAUGGUUAAUCUUA